AAAUAUACACAGCUGAGAAUGAGUUAUCAACUUUAUCCUAAGCCUUUCCAAUUUUAUUAUUAUUUACCUUACCUUCGCUAAGUUGCCGUUCCUAUGAUUCCUCCUUAUAAUCCAAACAACUACCCCCAAUAAUUGAGCUCAUUCUAUCAUUAACCGAUAAUUGGAAACUCAUCAGACAAUUGUAUUGUGAUAGAGGAUGAUAAUAUUUAACAUCCACUGAACCCAAAUCAAUAAUCGAUAAUUUAAACGUAAACUAAUCGAGACUAGACAGCUUAAUCAGAUUAGUUGAUGAUUCUAGAAUAGCCAUUAGAGAAACAGAUGAAAUAAAGUGACAGAUUAAAUGAAAAUGAACCACACAUUCGUAUAAGUGUCUUUAAAUAGCAUUCAAGCCAAAUUGAUGCUGAAUAUAUCCUCUAAUAUGACAGAAUUUUGGGAAAUUAAUACAAAAAGGAAAUAACUAUAGGAAGAAAAAAAUUAUAGGAUGAUAGAUCAGAAAAUUGUGAUAUAUAUUUGCCUCAUGGAGAUAAAAAUGUUGAAAAACUCCAUUGUAAACUUUCGACAGAAAAAGGAUUCUCGUAUUCAAAUCUUCUAACCAAAUCAGUUCUUCUUUUUUUUUCAUUAUUUAAGUCAAAUAAGCAUGCUAGGAAAUUGCCAUUUUCAAUUAAAUAACAUAUAUACUCAUUUAUUAAAGAAAAGCCUUAGUUUUAUUUAACAGAUAACGCAACUAAGACAGGAACGUUCUUGAAAAUUAAGAAGGACAAUUUGAAACUUAUGCAAUUACAUAAUACAUUUCUGAUUGGAGCUGAUACAUACUUUCAUAUUAUGGAAAUUAAAUCAAAGCCCAUAGAAAUCAAAUAAAAAAGAAACAAAGAUUUAAAUCAGUUCUACAAUGCUCUUGCAAAGGAACACAUAAGAAAAGGGGCUAAAAUUCAUGGGCUUUCAUUAGAAGAGAGUGAAUAAUUAAAUGCUUUAAUUAAUGAAUUUAGAACUAACAAUUUAAGACAAAGAGCUCCACACAAGUUAAGUUAAUAUGAUAGACCCUAUUUAAAGUUUGCCUUCAAUAGUCCUUCUAUCAAUCAAAUUCAAACUCAUAUAUUCAUUGCCAAGUAUGAUGAAGAAUAUGUAUUUAAAAUUGGAAGAUCCCAAGAAUGUGAUGUCAUAAUUAAUAUCAAUACUGUAUCUAGAAGACAAGCACAGAUAAUAUAUAAAAACAAUGAAUGGUUCAUACAUGAUGGUGAGGGUAUUAGAGAGUCGGCAAAUGGCACAUGGUAAUCUCUCCAAAAUUAUUCGACGAGAAAUCAUGAAAAGAAAAUAUAAAGCAAACCCAGAUUGAUUGAAGACUAAAUGGAGAUCAAAAUAAGUGAGAAUAUCGUUAAGUUUGAUUUUGUAAACUUCGGUAUUACUAAAAAGCGAAAACUUAAUUAGGCCUUAAUUCAAGAUUUACUUUGGUGAUUCAUUCUUAUAUGUAUUUAAAAUUCAUCCAAUUUUGUGUUAAAUAAAUCC